AUGCCCAGACGCAUCGAGGCAGGGUGUGACCUGGCCACGACUCCCUCUGAGCCCCCACUGACAUCAGCCCUGGAAGUGGUGGAUCCCUUCCCCCUGUUCUCAGAACGGAAACAUGUGGCUGCAGAGGCAGUGGCAGAGCGGUGCUGGCUGUCGGCCUGCACAUCAGUGCUGACAGGUUCUAAGUUUUUUUUCUUGUCUUUCCUUCCAGCCAUUGAAAGCAGCCAUCAGGAGAGGAGUGCAAGCACAGAGAUGAGGACUCCAGGUGCUGCUGUGGAGCUGGUGACGAUGCUGGCUGGGAGCAGGGAGUGGGCAUCACUGCCUGCCAGGCACAGGGCAGUAGUGCCAGCAGCCAGCAGGCUCACAGGGCACGCUGCCAGUGAUGGGGAUGUCACCCCUCCAGGAGCAGGAUCCCCAGAGGACACAUCUGCUGGGACAGUGACCCACCUGCCCACCCACAGCCGUCCUCCUGACCCUGGAAGCCAUCACCAUGCUGCAGGCAGGCAGGGGAAAGGCAAGAGGGCUCUGGCUUCUCCCGACACCCCUGCAGCUGCUGAAGGGACAGCACCAGGCCCAGAAGCUGUUGGCACCAAUUUGGCUGAGGGGACACAGGGGGUCUGGAAUGUGCCAGGGUUUAACCACACUGUGAGGACAGCGCUGCCACCUUCGUCUUCAGAAUCUCACCAGCCAGGCACUGACGGCCUCUCUCAGCCCGUGAGCAGCUGGGUGGGCACUGCAGCUGCUUCACCCAGCCCCAGCACUGCCCUCCCUGCCCCUCUGGGACAGCCCCAGGCCUCCUCCCAAGCUUCAAGUACCCAGCCUGGAGCAGAGCACAGCGUGCUGCACCCCAGGGGUGUCAUGGGGACCCCCACAGCAUCACCUCCCACAGACAACUCUCUCAGAGCCAUUGGAAGCAGCCACCAGCCAUCCAACAGCUCAGCUAUGGAGAGGUUCAGUUCGGAUUUCCACACCACCAGCAGCUCCACUGCCACAACAGCCACCAAGGGUGGAGGGAGGACAUUAAGGUCCCUGCCAGCCAGCACCAGGCUGGUCACCAUGGCAGAGAUUCCCACCUCUGGGACUGAAAUCACCAGCUCUUCAGCCCAGAGCCAGACCCCUGGGAUGUCUGUGGGUGCCCAGGGUGACGGAGGCAGAGGUGCCACAGACCCAUUGCUCACAGGCUUGCUGUCCCCUUCAGAAAGUGCUUCCACAACUUUCAGCAGCAAUUAUGAACCCCCCAAGAGCAUCCCAGGUGUAGAAGAGGCGACGCUGCACUUGGACAUCCCGGGUGCUGACACGUCCAGCAUGGCAGUGGGGACACUGAUGUCCCCAGAGAAUGGCCACACAGCUGGGGUGACAGGGGACCCUGGCACCAGCACCAACCCCACAAGCUCUUUGGGAGGGGUCUCCUCUUCCUUGAGAACUGGGACACAUCAUCCCAACACUGAUCUCCCAGGCCCUCCUGGGGGCCCUUUGCUCACAAGCUCCCUCUCUGCCUCUGAAGGUCCUGUCCGAGGUGUCAGCAGCAGCCACAGGCCAGUGGCAGAGAAAGCCUCCCUCAGUUCCUCUGCCAGCAGCACUCCCAUUUCAGCCAUGUCCAGCAGUGGUGGGGGGCUGCCCUGGUCUGCCAAGGGCUCCACGUCCAGCAGUGCCAUGCCCAGGAGCUUGGGCACAGCCCAGUCCUUGCCCACACCUUCUGUGGGAGACACCUCCAGAGCUCAGGGCUCCACAGGGAUGACAGGUUUCACCAUGGUGGCAGACUCCUCCCUAACACACUCUCACUCUCCUUCAGAAGGUCCUUCCCCAGCUGCUGGAAGCAGCCAUGUGUCAUUCAGCAUGCUGUCAACAGAGAGAAGAACUAAUUUCCCCACCACCAGCACCUCUGUUUCCACAACAGGCACCAGGGGUGGAGGGAGGACAUUGAGGUCUUUGCCAGCCAGCACCACCCUGGCCCAAACAACAGAGAUUUCCACCACUGGUACUGAAAACAUCAGCUCUCCAGGGCAUUCCCAGUCUUCUUUGGGAACCCAGGGUGGUGGUGGCAGAGAUGCCACCCUGUCAUCCUUGAACCCAUUGCUCACAGGCUCAACAUCUGCUUCAGAAAGCACUUCCCCAGCAGACAUGGCCUCAGCAAUGGGAGGACCCCUGCCUCUCACCAGCACACCCAGUGUGGUGACAAGUACUGCCAGUGAGGAGAGCAGCACAGUGCCUGUGUUGGACACCCAUGGAGCUUCCAGUGCCACAGGGAGCUCCUCUUCCUCUCCCUCUGCCCCCCACAGCAGCACCCUGGACACGGUCCUGCUGUCCUCGUUGGCAGCAGAGCCCGGGAAGCAGAGUCAUGUUUCACAGAGCGGUGCUGGGCUCAGUGAGCUCCCAACAAAGCUGCUGCCUGCAUUUUCUCCAAGUGUUUCGGUGCCUUCACCUUCAGCCACGCUCUUCAUCCACAAGGAAGGGGCAUCUCAAGCCCCAGGCAGCCGCAGCACGUGGAGCACAAAAGCAGAGGGCCUCACAUCUCAUCUGGGCACAGAUGGGGACACCCACCCUGGCCCUGUCCCAUCCUCCACGGCAUGGCCUCGAGGGACACAUGUCUCCUCUGGCCGAGCAGGGUCCCCAGAGCCCAGGGUCACCCUCUCAUCCAGGGUCUUCACCUACUUCUCAGCUGCUGCUGAACCUUCCACUGUUGGCAGCAGCAGCUCAGGUGCUGAGAAGAGGAUGUCCAGCCCCAUCACCGAUCCCGUGUAUGGUUCAUCCACGCCUGCGGGUGCCGAGGAGGGGAUGCUGCACUCAGUGACAGAUGGCACAUUGGCCAGUGGCAUGGAGAGCUCUUCUCUCCGUGCUGAAGCUGCCAGCUCUGCAGGGCUGUCUGAGCCAGCCCUGCUGGAGCAGGGCAGGGCAGCCAGUGCCUCCUCCAGCAGCGGGGCUUUCGCUGGCUUCGCGACGGAGACGGCGUCCGUGCGUUCUGCCGAGAUACCCGCUUCCUCUGCCUUCCAAAACGCUCUCACAAACUUUUCAGGGAGCCAUCAGCCAGUCAGUAGCAUUGAUGCUGAGAAGAGGACCUCCGUUUCUCACACAGACGGCACAUACAUUUCAACCACUUACACCAGAGGAGGAGAGAGGACCCUCCUGUCUAUCUCCAACAGCAGCACCUCUGCUGACUCCUCGGAAAGUUCCACCUUUUUUUCUGAAAUUUCCAGCCCUUUUGAUGCCUCACAAUCAUCUGUGGCUCAUGACAGGCAGACCAAUGCAUCAAACAGCAGCAGUUUUGUUGAACCGUCUACGGAGCCGUUGCUGGUGCACCCUUCCAAACUGUCAGCAUCUGCUUCUACAGGCAUAGAAAAUACAACUCUAUUCAACACUGACUCUGAGUUAUUGACCACUGACAGAUCAUCUCUGUCUUCAUCAGCAUUUCCAGCCUCUUCCUCAUUGCCAUCACUGCAGCACUCGCUGUCAUCAACGCCCCCACCAACCCCUCUGUUUACACUGUCAGAGUCACCUGAGCCACGCUCGCCCUCUGUGAUGGCAUCUUCACCUCCUCUGCCAUCCUCCUUGCCCACUUCCUCUUUGCCCUCCCCAUCUCACUCAUUAGCACCUUUAUUGUCUGUGUUUUCAUCACCCUCACCCAUCUCGCAGUCCAGUGACAGUGACCAAGCAAGCACCACUGUGGCUACGAGUGUGGUCAGGCAGGCGCCCUCCACAGCUGCCACACCCAGAGAGACCAGCGAGCCCAGUGUCACACACCAGCCCCAAAAGAGCAGCACCUCCACACCCAGCAGGUCCCCUCUCCCUACGGCCCCCAUGGAGCUGCUUGGUGGACGGGUGGUGUCCGUGUCUGCUCCCGUGACAGUGACAGAGGCUGCCUCGCCUGCAGAUGCCACCACCCAGGGGCACACCUUUGGGAAGGCGACACUGCUGCCCACCACGGCCAGCACUGCCCCGCAGGCUGGGCCAACAGAUGCACCCCUCAGUCCCUCAGCAAGUACCACGAGUUCCAGCAGCACUGUCCCUGCAGUGACCACGGUGAAACCUGCGGUGCUGACAGUGCUGCCCACCCGCCCGCCCUCCCCAGGUGAGGCCAGCACCACCGAAGACCACAGGAGCCAGACACCCCCUGCCACUAAGCACAGUUACCCCACUGGAGAAAGCACAGGAGCCAUGGAGCUCACCACUGCAAAGCCUGGUAAAGCCACUGAGGGAAACAUCCCUGUCACGAGCCCUACUGAAGCCCCCACAACCACCAAGACCACUGUGAGCAUCACGACGACUUUGGCUGCUACCAAACCAACCACUGUUCCUCCACUGAGCAGCACAGCCGGGCUGAGGACAUCACCCCCAGCAACAGAGGUGGAUAAAUGUCUUUCCAACCCUUGUCCUGCACUGGCCACCUGCAACAGCACCCAUGGCUCCUAUAUCUGUCAGUGUCCUCUUGGAUAUGAGCUGGAAAAAGGAAAGUGCAAUUUAGUGAGAGUAUUUAUUGGCCAGGUUCCCCUGAAACUUAAUAUCACCCACGGGAAGUACACAGAGCUCUUCCACAUUGAGAGGGAGAUCCUGGAGAUGCUCAAUGCAUCGCUGUCAGGCUUGCCAGGAUACCACCACUCCACAGUUAAGGCAAGCAGGGAGGCAAAUUUUGUGCAUGUUUCAGUGCAAUCCACGUUCUCUUUAGCAUCCAACGUGACUUUCUUCGAUGUUAUCAGCAGUGUGAAAAGCUACAUUCGAGCUUGCAAAUCCCCCACUGAAGCCUGCCAAUUCAUCUCCAGCCUGAAAUCACUCCACAGAGCUGGCAGCUUGUGCAGACAGAAAGACCCUGAAUGUGACAAGGAAACUUCAGAAUGCACCGACUUUGAUGGAGUUGCGCUCUGCCAGUGCAAAAGUGGGUACUUCAAAUACAACAAGAUGGACCACUCCUGCAGAGCCUGUGAAGAUGGAUUUAAGCUGGAAAACGAGACCUGUGUGAGCUGCCCUUUUGGCUUGGGUGGAUUCAACUGCGGAAACCCGUACCAGCUCAUCACGGUGGUGAUUGCAGCUGCAGGAGGGGGCCUGCUGCUCAUCAUGGGCAUAGCUCUGAUUGUCACCUGCUGCCGGAAGAAUAAAAAUGACAUAAGUAAACUGAUUUUCAAGAGUGGGGAUUUCCAGAUGUCGCCCUAUGCUGAAUACCCGAAGAAUCCCCGGGCACAGGAGUGGGGCAGAGAGACCAUCGAGAUGCAGGAGAAUGGAAGCACCAAGAACCUGUUGCAGAUGACAGAUGUGUAUUAUUCGCCGACUGGACUGAGAAAUCCUGAACUGGAAAGAAAUGGACUUUAUCCUCCCUACACUGGUUUGCCUGGAUCUCGACACUCGUGCAUCUACCCUGGACAAUACAAUCCGUCCUUCAUCAGUGACGAAACCAGAAGAAGAGACUAUUUUUAACAGAGUGCAGAGGGAGUGGAAGAUUGACACAGUUGUGUGGCCCUUAAUCCUCAGCUUCAAUCUGUCUCCUGGGUAGUUCAGGCCACAUCAAUCUUACUCUUCCCAUUUAAUAGGAAGGACUUUGAACUUCAUGCUGAGCAUUGCUGCCCUGAGGGACGGUCACAGUUGCUGAGCAGCAGAGAGGAGGAGGAAGAGGAGGGAAUGGCUCAAGAAGCACAUCACUAAAAGACCCAGAGGGAAGCUAACACAUGUACUCCUUGUUCGUUCUUCACUACAUGGGCAAGCAUGGAUCAGUACAGGCAGAAGAAGUGUGCCCAGCACUCUGCAUUGAAUACCACUAGGGAGUGUCUUGUUUACAGAUCUCCUUCACUGUUGACUCUGCUUGUCUUCCUAGCCAGCCUUCAUGCAAAGAUUCACUGUGCAGCUGCUUUUGGUCAGGCAAGUUUGUCCACUCCCUCUUAGACCACUGCCUUGCUGUUGGCUUCAUGCAUGUCAGGCAAGCUGGCUUGUCUUCUGGCCCUCACCUUCUCACUGGUAAAAGUUCUCCAGAUUUCUGGGUCCUCGCUAAAGCCCAGUGUCUGGCAAUAUUGGCUGAAUUCAUGGGCUGAUUGUCUCCAAGGGGUGCAGGAAAGUUAGUCACACCACUGCAAUUUUAAUGGAAAAAAAAGGCACAGUUGUUCCUCUGUGCUGCUUUGAAAACCUUCUGAAAAUGGGAAUGUGGUUGUUUUGUCAAGCAAUGUUGUUCAGAAGUGAUGCCACUACACACCAUCACGGUGCUUCCAUAUGGGAUCCUUUGGGGCUCUGUUUUCCUGCAAGGAUUUAAAUGCCUGUAGACACAGCAAUACAAUAUUAAAUAAUUACUGACAGGGAAGAAGAUGAGCUGUGAAUUCAGAAUGCUUUUUAUGAGGAAUUUGUGAAGGAAUGAUAACGCUAUAGCUUGGCUGGGCAGAGGAAUCUGAAUUCUGGGCACUGAAGGUGGGAUAUGUUUUCAAACCUCCACAAUCCACCUUGAAUUUGUAGGAGCUGUGGAGGCUUUUAGUGCAUUGGAAAAGAGGGCUUACUGCAGCCAGUUGCAUUUAAGGAAGAGAAAAACAUGAUGCUUGCAAUCCUAGCAUAGCAAAGGUCACUUAUGUUGAAGUGUUUUUCUUUCUUCCAUCCUAGUUUCGAGUGAUUCAGACCAGGCAAGUUUCCUCACCCAGGUGUGUUCGUUCAUAUUAGCAGAAGCUGAAGAAUGUAAGUUAUUGCAUUUCUCACCAAGAUCAGUUUGAAACUCAUGGACUGUAUUCUGACCUAAAGUGAGUGUUGAAAGAGAUCUUAUUAAUCACAGAACCCUGGAAUGGGUUGGGUUGGAAGGGAUCUUGCAGAUGAUUUUUUUCCAACUCCUCUGCCAUAAGCAGGGACACCUUCCA